AUGAGGCAUAUGAGUAUAGAAUGGCACGAGAUUAAAGCCAAUUCAUCAACUGGAUGUCUCCAAUGCCUUCCUCCACGGGACUCUCAAUCAUCUCGUCCAUAUGAAACAACCGUCGGGUUCAUAGACACAAACCAUCCCAAUUAUGUUUGUCGCCUCAAGAAAGCACUCUACGGUUUGAAACAAUCCCCUCGAGAGUGGUUCGCCACCCUAUCUGGCCAUCUUCAGACCCUUGGGUUUCAGCUUAGCAUCUCCGAUCCAUCACUCUUUCUUUACCACAAAAACGGGAUUCGCAUGUUCUUCCUCGUCUAUGUUGACGACAUCCUUCUUACCGGCAACAGUCCCGCCGCACUCAAGAAACUUCUGGACAACCUCAAUUCCACCUUUACAAUGCGAGAUCUCGGCACUAUUUCGCAAUUUUUGGGUAUCCAGGCCACCUCCACAUCUUAUGGGCUUCACCUCAACCAAAGUAGAUUUGCUCAAAGCAUUCUCGCUCGUGCAGGUAUGUCUAACUGUAAACCUGUUUCAACUCCAUCUCAAUUAAAAACUCCCACUAGUAAUGGUCUAACCGCUGCCUACUCAAAUCCAGCCUUCUAUCGACAACUCGCUGGAUGCUUACAAUAUCUCACCCUCACUCGGCCGGACAUCGCCUACACCGUCAACAAGAUAUGCCAAAACAUGCAAAAUCCAACUAUCCAACACUUCGACAAUCUCAAACGUCUACUUUGGUACAUCCAAGGUACCUUGCAUAUUAGACUUCCUCUCUUCCGCGGUGAGCUCGUUCUUCGCUCAUACACAGACUCCGAUUGGGCCGGUGACACACAGGAUUGGAAGUCUAUGUCCGGUUAUUGCAACUUUCUUGGUUCCUCUCUCAUCUCUUGGAGCGUCAAGAAACAAAAUGCUGUCGCUCGAUCAUCUACCGAAGCCGAAUAUCGAGCACUUGCAUCUGCCGCAGCUGAAGUCACGUGGAUCCGCCGUCUGCUACAAGAACUUCACUGCACCCAGACCACCGCUACUUCCCUCUUCUGCGACAACACCUCGGCUAUAGCAUUGGCAAACAACCAUAUCUUUCACGCCAGAACUAAGCAUAUCGAGGUCGAUUGUCAUUACAUUCGCCACUGCAUCAAAGACAAAUCAAUCCAGAUUCAUCACAUUCCCACGGCAGAACAACUGGCUGACCUUCUCACGAAGACGCUUCCUUCACCUAGAUUCAAACUACUCACCAACAAGCUGGUGCAGCCUAUGGAUCCACCACCUUGA